AACUUCUGCAACAGCGCAGCUACAACUGAUGUUUGCAGUUUCAACCAACUACCUAAAACGUAACAUACUUAUAACAUGUUUUUCUUAUAUUCAAAAAAUUCAGGCUGAUGAUAGUGCUGCUUAAUUUCUCAAACAUUCUUUGACAAGAAUUCAAAGCAAUCAAGAAAUUGAGCAUGUCAAGGUCUCCAAUGGUAGAAAAGAAGCUAGCUGCCGGGCGCGUUGUGGCGGUGGCAAUUGAGAACAACAAGACAAGCCAGCUUGCUGUAAAGUGGGCAGUGGAUAAUCUCGUUCCCAAAGAUGAACGCCUCCAUCUAGUUCAUGUCAUACAAAGAGAAUCAACACCAGGAAAUGAUAUGAGCGAAGAUGUGGCCGCCAUCAAUGAAUGCAAGGAGCUUUUUGAUACAUUUCGCGUCUUUUGCAACCGGAAAAAUAUAGAAUGCAAAGAAAUCUUGUUGGAAGACAUGGAUAUAUCCAAGGCAUUGAUAGAUGGCAUUUCCGCGCAUUCCAUCGAGCUUUUAGUGCUCGGAGCAGCAUCGAGGAGUGGCCUUGUCAGAAGAUUUAGGACAGCAGAUGUACCAAGCACGGUGUCAAAAGGCGCACCACAGUUCUGCACUGUAUAUACCAUUGCUAAGGGAAAGAUCUCAACUGUGAGAAAUGCAACAGGUUCACUAGCUGCUAAAACACCUGCACCUGCACCUGCAUCGGCACCACCACCGACACGUAACCAAUUGCAGCCUCAUUCACACCCUGGAAGAAGUCCUGAGAGAAUUGAUCAACUAUCAUCUGCGCGGAACUACCCGCCACGACCUUCUGGUGAUAAACCUCCAUUUGGGAGUGGGAACCGUAUUCACGCGCUGGAUGAUGAUGACAUGAUGAUAUCACCGUUCUCAAGAGCUGGGCACAGAUAUGAGUCCUCAGGUCAUGAUUGUGAUAUAUCAUUCGUGUGCAAUGGAAGGCCGAAUGCUGAUCGAAUGUUCCAUUCAAUGUAUGAUGAUCUGGACUCUGGAACCGGAGCUCGGCUUUCAUAUGGCUCAGAUUAUGAUGCUAGAAGCUACGGUUCUUCCUACUCAGGACCUAAGUCAAUUGACAUGAACUCUCCUCACGAUCAGGACAAUUUUUCAUUCACCAGCUCGCAAAGCAGCGGAAUAGGAUCGCUAAGGUUAUCCGACCAAACGGAUGAUGUGGAAGCCGAGAUGAGAAGACUGAAGCUAGAACUUAAGCAGACAAUGGAAAUGUACAGUUCAGCUUGCAAGGAAGCUCUCACAGCAAAGGAGAAGGCAUUGGAACUUCAACGGUCGAAAAUGGAAGAACAAAAGAAGCUGGAGGAGGCCCGGAUAGCUGAAGAAGCAGCGAUGUCACUUGUGGAAAAGGAGAAAGAAAAGUCUAGAGUUGCAUUGAUGGCAGUAGAAGCAUCUCAGAAGAUUGCGGCGUUGGAAGCACACAAAAGAAUGAGUGCAGAAUCAGAAGGUCAGAAGAAGAAGUCAGAUGAUAGUUUUUCGCAUACUGCUAGGUACAGAAGAUACACUAUUGAGGAAAUUGAAGAGGCAACAAAAGACUUUUCUGCCUCUCUCAAGAUAGGCGAAGGAGGCUAUGGUCCUGUGUACAGGUGUGAACUAGAUCACACACAGGUUGCAAUAAAAGUUUUGAAGCCAGAUGCAGCUCAAGGAAGAGCACAAUUUCAACAAGAGGUUGAAGUGUUGAGUUGCAUAAGGCAUCCAAACAUGGUUCUCCUCCUUGGAGCAUGUCCAGAAUAUGGUUGCUUAGUGUAUGAGUACAUGGCUAAUGGAAGCUUGGAUGAUUGCCUCUUCCGGAAAGGUAAGGCGCCACCUCUCCCGUGGCAGCUAAGAUUCCAAAUUGCUGCAGAGAUAGCCACAGGACUUCUUUUCCUUCACCAGACAAAGCCGGAGCCGCUAGUGCACCGUGACUUGAAACCAGGAAACAUUUUGCUCGACCGCAACUACGUGAGCAAGAUCGGUGACGUGGGGCUGGCCAGGCUUGUCCCUCCAACGGUUGCAGACACCGUGACUCAGUACCGCAUGACAUCGACCGCUGGAACUUUCUGUUACAUUGAUCCUGAGUACCAGCAAACGGGCAUGCUCGGAAUCAAGUCUGAUAUUUACUCACUGGGGAUCAUGCUUCUACAAAUGGUAACAGCCAAGCCACCAAUGGGUUUAACUCAUCAUGUUGGGAGAUCCAUUGAGAGAGGGACUUUUCCUGAGAUGCUUGACCCUGCCGUUGGGGACUGGCCACUUGAAGCUACCUUGCAUUUUGCCAAACUUGCCCUGCAAUGUGCUGAAAUGAGGAGAAAAGAUAGACCUGAUCUUGGAAAAGUUGUAUUACCUGAGCUCAACAAACUUAGAGCAUUUGCUGAAGAAAGCAUGCCUAUGGCUAUGAUGAUGUUUACUGCAGGAUUCAAUCCCAGAAGUAACAACUCUUCCACUCAUUCUGCACCUUGCUCAUUUCAGGAUUUUCUAAGUGAAUCCAAGUCACAUUCUGGCAACUCCGGAUAUGAAAGCCGCUCAAGUACAUCAUCACAGGGGAAACUGUAA